AGUGGGUAAGUCCAAUCCAGGCUACCCGCUGCCCUGCGGCAUGCAAGGGACUAUCGAGGAUUCGAUUACAAUACUAUAUAGGUAGGUACCUAUCUGUAAGUCCUCCCAUCCCAACACUCGCAUCUAGAGUUUAUUUGAAGCUCUUAAAAAAUUGCAUUCUCGAUUUUCAACGAUUAUGUCCACCUGUGCAUCAUCGCCCUUUGACCACCCAAAAGCUGACAUUAUCCUACGGUCCUCAGAUGGGGUCGAUUUCCGUGUCUUCAAGCUUUUUCUCACUCUCGCCUCCCCGUUCUUUGAGACUAUGUUUGAACUCCCCCAGCCAGCAGCCGGGACAAAUGACGAUUCAAAUGAUGAUCUCCCUGUCAUUUCCGUACAGGAAGAUAGUAAAACACUAGACACUUUCCUCAGAUUCUGCUACCCCUCCACAUUGGCAGAAGAUCCCUCGCUCGAGAGCCUGAAAGACAUUAAAGCUAUCCUCGGGGUUGCGAGGAAGUAUUCGCUGAACCUGAUAGAGAGGAAAGUUUGUCAGGCUCUAGCUAGUCCCAAGGUUCUCGAGGCAGAGGCUCUUCGCUGCUUCGCAAUCGCCCGGAACGCAGGGCUCAAGCAUGAAACUAUCACCGCUGCUAGAUAUACCCUACGACAGCCCUUGAUUCCCACAUGGUUUGCAGAGAUCGAAAUGAUCACCGCGUCUGACCUUCUCGCUUUGCUCACGUACCAUAAGAAGUGUAGCAUCGCAGUAGCACCACUGCUGCUCAACUUCAAUUGGGUGAUGAACCAUUAUGGUAUCUCAAACCGUAAUCAUUGGUUGGUAUCUGUGGUCUCGGGACGACGGCACGGCCCCGGCCCCAACUCCUACAUCACCACCAACUGCACAUGCGCACGGAGUGCCAAAUUCAUGUUGUGGGAAAUGGCUCCGCUCUCUUGGUGGGCUACUUAUAUGGAUGAAACGUUCGAAUUGUUGAGGGAUACCCCUUCUGGCGCUAUCGUGAAGUUGGAGGCAGAAAAGACGAUACAGAAGGUCAGAAAUGAGGGCUGUGCUAUUUGCUCUGUCGUGGUCAAAGCGAAUAUGGAAGAGUUUGGCGACUUACUCGCCCUUGAGGUCGAGAAAGCAACUGCUUCGAUCGAAUUAGAGAUUGACUUCUAACCGUCACCCGUCACUAAGCAGAAGACAACAAACCAUUAUCCCAACUUGAUGUUACGCUUCUGAAUUAUUUUGGAGAGAAAUCUAAACACCAGUGACCACAGUCAGUGGCAUUGACAGUCUUAGUCAAAGUGCACACA